AUGUUCUCGUUACUAUCGUUUGCACGAUAUCCAUUAAGAAUUAGAACAUUGUUGUCAUUUUCGCGGUUCUUCAGUACUCAGACAAAGAAAUGCGUGAAUAUUACAUUCGCUUGGAAUGAUGGACGUAAAAAGACCGUACCCGCAAAAUUAGGUGACAACCUAUUGGACAUUGUUUUGGAUAAUGAUGUUGAUAUAGACGGAUUUGGUGCUUGUGAAGGUACAUUGGCAUGCUCAACUUGCCAUCUCAUAUUUGCAAAGAAAGAUUUUGACAAUUUACAUGAUCCCUUAACAGAGGAAGAGCAAGAUAUGUUGGAUUUAGCCUAUGGCUUAACUGACACCUCAAGAUUAGGUUGUCAGGGUCAAUAUACGAUGCACGCGUAUAGGAUAAUAUUCAGAUUCAUUGUUCAAUACUAUAUUUACAAUGACAUUCUAUUAGUUGGUACAUUGAUUGAUUUAUCGAAUGCCAACCAAAUGACAGCUAUAAAACUUCACAAAUCAACAAAACCAAUCCUAAAGGAGGCGCAUGAUUUAAAAAUUUCAAAUCAUACUAUUCUUGAUGGCGAUAAUAACAAUAAUAACAAUGCAGAAAAUGAUAUUAGUCAACAACAACGUAAAAAUAAAAAUCUUGCUAAAUUGAAAAAAUAUAGAAAACGUCAAUUGAAAAAAAAGUAUUCACGUAAACAAUUGACAGCAAGAAAGGCAUUACAAUGGGAACAUGAACAACCAGUGAAGCGGGUCAAUGAAAUACAAGAAGAAGCAUUAAAUUAUUUAAGAAUAUGGAAAAUGAAUUAUGACCAAUGGAAAUUUAAAAAACUUUUACAAUCUUGGUUAAUUAAAAAUGUAUUGGAUAAGGAGAUGGUUCCUACUCUGGAAUUUCGAAUAUUUAAAUGUUAUGUUAAAAAGUUGAUUGGAUCCGCACGACAAGAUUUAUUGAAUCGAUGUUCAGCAGUGAUUAUUGAAGAAGAGGAAAAACAUUCAAACACUAAUAAUGCAUUGGACACAUGUACAAAACUUGUAAAUAAAGAAGAUAUUUCAUCAGAGGAGGUUAUUUGUCAACAGAAAUCAGAAUAUUCAAUUGCUGGAAAACGUGCAAAGAAACUACUUAAAAUAUUAUCACAAACUUCUUGAUAUUCAAUAAAUUUCUACAGCAUAUUAUAAAAUGACUUGUUUCAUUGAAUUCCU